UUCGAAACGCCGGAGAACCAGCCUCUCAACGUGGAAGAGAUGGCUUUCAAGUUCGCAGUGGCCAACGUGAACCGGAACCGGGCGCUGAUGCCCAACACCACGCUGACCUACGACCUCCAGAGGAUCAACCUGUUCGACAGUUUCGAGGCGUCCCGGAGAGCUUGUGAGCAGUUGGCCCUGGGCGUGGCGGCCCUGUUCGGUCCCUCGCACGGCCCGGCGGUCAGCGCGGUGCAGUCGGUCUGCCACGCCCUGGAGGUCCCGCACAUCCAGACCCGCUGGAAGCAGGCCGGCGCCGACGGCCGAGACCCGUUCUCCGUCAACCUCCACCCGGACUUCUCCGCCGUCAGCCGGGCCGUGCUGGACCUGGUGCUCUACUACGACUGGAAGGCCGUGACCGUCGUCUACGAGGACAGCACAGGGCUCCUCCGCCUGCAGGAGCUGAUCAAGGCCCCGUCCCGAUACAACAUCAAAAUCAGGAUCCGUCAGCUGCCCGCCGCGACCAGAGACGCCAGGCCCCUGCUGAAGGAGAUGAAGAAGGCCAAGGAGUUCUACGUGAUCUUCGACUGCUCCCACCAAACGGCGGCCGACGUCCUCCAACAGAUUCUCUCCAUGGGCAUGAUGACGGAAUACUACCACUACUUCUUCACCACGCUGGACCUGUUCGCGCUGGACCUGGAGCCGUACCGCUACUGCGGGGUGAACGUGACCGGCCUGCGUCUGCUGAACCUCAACCACCCGCAGGUGUCCGCCCUCGUUGACAGGUGGUCGGUGGAGAGGCUGCAGGCUCCCCCCAAGCUGGAGACCGGCCUCCUGGAUGGGAUGAUGACGACGGAGGCCGCCCUGAUGUACGACGCCGUCCACGUGGUGGCCGUGGCCCUGCAGCGCGGGGCCCCGGUGGCCGUCAGCUCCCUGCAGUGUCACCGGCACCGGCCCUGGCACUUUGGACCCAAGCUCAUGAACCUCAUCAAAGAGGUGCGAUGGAACGGCUUAACCGGGAGGAUUGCCUUCAACAAGACCGACAGCCAGCGUAGGGAUUUCGACUUGGACAUCAUCAGUCUCAAGGAGGCCGGGACUGAAAAGGUGACCGGAGAAGCGUCCAAACCCUUGUACAAAGUGUGGAAGAAGAUUGGGGUCUGGAACUCCCGCCGGGGCCUGAACAUGACGGCCAACAACAAGGACCGGACCACCAACGUCACCGACUCGCUGGCCAACCGCACACUCAUCGUCACCACCAUCCUGGAAGACCCCUACGUCAUGUACAAGAAGUCGGACAAGCCCCUGUAUGGGAACGACCGCUUUGAGGGCUACUGCCUGGACCUGCUGAAGGAGCUGGCCAAUAUCCUGGGCUUCGCUUACGAGGUCAAGCUGGUGUCCGACGGGAAAUACGGGGCCCAGAACGACCAGGGGGAGUGGAACGGCAUGGUGAAGGAGCUGGUCGACCACAAAGCCGACUUGGCCGUCGCCCCCCUCACCAUCACCUACGUGCGCGAGAAGGUCAUCGACUUCUCCAAGCCCUUCAUGACCCUGGGGAUCAGCAUCCUCUACCGGAAACCCAACGGCACCAACCCGGGGGUCUUCUCCUUCCUCAACCCGCUGUCCCCCGACAUCUGGAUGUACGUGCUCCUGGCCUGCCUCGGGGUCAGCUGCGUGCUCUUCGUCAUCGCCCGGUUCACCCCGUACGAGUGGUACAACCCCCACCCGUGCAACCCCGACUCGGACGUGGUGGAAAACAAUUUUACUUUGCUCAACAGUUUCUGGUUCGGAGUUGGCGCUCUCAUGCAGCAAGGGUCCGAGCUGAUGCCCCGAGCGCUGUCCACCCGCAUCGUGGGCGGGAUCUGGUGGUUCUUCACCCUCAUCAUCAUCUCCUCCUACACGGCCAACCUGGCCGCCUUCCUCACCGUGGAGAGGAUGGAGUCGCCCAUCGAGUCGGCCGACGACCUGGCCAAGCAGACCAAGAUUGAGUACGGGGCCGUGAGGGACGGCUCCACCAUGACCUUCUUCAAGAAAUCCAAGAUCUCCACCUACGAGAAGAUGUGGGCGUUGAUGAGCAGCCGUCAGCAGACGGCCCUGGUGAAGAACCACGACGAGGGCGUCCAGCGGGUGCUCACCACAGACUACGCCCUGCUCAUGGAGUCCACCAGCAUCGAGUACGUCACCCAGCGCAACUGCAACCUCACGCAGAUCGGGGGCCUCAUCGACUCCAAGGGCUACGGCGUGGGGACGCCCAUCGGCUCUCCGUACCGGGACAAGAUGACCAUCGCCAUCCUGCAGCUGCAGGAGGAGGGCAAGCUGCACGUGAUGAAGGAGAAGUGGUGGCGGGGAAACGGCUGCCCCGAGGAGGACGGCAAGGAGGCCAGCGCCCUGGGCGUGGAGAACAUCGGCGGCAUCUUCCUCGUGCUGGCCGCCGGGCUCGCCCUGGCCGUCUUCGUGGCCGUCGGGGAGUUCGCCUACAGGACCCGCCGGAACGGCGACGUCGAGCGGAUGAGGUAACUGAGGCCCAGAGAAGUUAAGCGACUUGCCC